AUGACGCGCCACGACAUCGAGGUACUGGACACCAUCGGCACUCCGGACUACCUCGAUGGCGACUUGUCCGCGGACGACGUCGACGUCGUGCCACACAUGCGCCCGCCCAAUCCUGAGGAAUCGGAAGUCCUGCCUUCCCAGGUGCACCCAUCCUAUCCAUAUGGAAACCCGUUGAGUAUCAAACACCCGGCGUCGCUCCCCCGGCGGCCGUACGACCCAGCCUCGCGCGCCCUGUUCGAAGACAUGGGCUACGGCGGUGGCGGCGUCAACGGGUCGCUGCGCUGGAGAGAUCUCGCGCUCGACUUGCUGUUCCCGGUCGACCAGGCACGGGAGGAAGCCGAGAAGGCGGCACAGGCCCGCAAGAUGGCCAGCGGCACUACGUCUAACCACCCGCCCGCGCAGCAGCCGGGGCCUCCGCCGGCGGACCAGACCAUAGAGGAUGACGAGGAGGAAAACGACGAAAACGAAGAUGACGAAGGCGACGGCGAGGGAGAAGGCGAGUCGAGCUACGACGAUGAUGAAGAGUAG